CCACUGCGCACGCGCGCCGCCCUAAUGCCCCGAGGGCUGCCCUGCGCCCCGGCCUGUGACGUCAUGCCGCCACCUGCCCUCGCACUACGCGCCACCCGGAAGCGUCCGCUCGGGCAGCAGAGCCGGUGGGAGAAAGGUUCCGGGCCGGUUGGGUUCCGGGGCUGCCGCGCUGAGGCGCGGCGCGGCCCGCGAUGAUCCCGGUGCCGGUGGUGGUGACCGUGCUGGGCGGCUGGUGCGCCGUGUACCUGGCGGACACGCUGCUCAAGUCCUCCAACUCUCUGAAGGCGUCCUACGAGGACUGGCUGCUGACGUACGGCCUGAGCGUCUCUCCCUUCCACCUGCGCUGGCAAACCGCGCUCUUCAACCGCCAGUUCUACAGCUGGGGCAGAUGGAAACCCAAAUUCCUCUACUUAUGGUUCAGUGUAGGAAUGGUGUUUGGAAUAGUUGCCAUGUUUGGCUCUGUUAUUCUGCUUGGGAAGACCCUGCUGCAAACACUGACCCAGAUGCUCACCGAGGCUCCAAAAGCCCAAAAUGAUCGAAUGCUGCAGGUUGUGGUGCCUGGUGUCAAUUUGCCCAUCAGCCAGCUGACCUAUUUCUUCUCUGCAAUCCUCAUCAGCGGUGUCAUACAUGAAGUCGGCCAUGGGGUGGCAGCUAUUCGAGAGCAAGUACGAUUUAAUGGAUUUGGAAUUUUUAUUUUCAUUGUCUAUCCUGGAGCCUUUGUUGACCUCUUCACAACUCACUUGCAGUUGAUAUCUCCUGUUCAGCAGUUAAGGAUAUUUUGUGCAGGGGUGUGGCAUAAUUUUGUUCUUGGUGUUGCCAGUUUCAUGGUGUUGUUUCUGCUGCCAGCCAUUCUUUUCCCUUUCUAUUACACGGGUGUUGGGGCACUUGUCACUGAGGUAGCAGAGGAUUCUCCUGCCAAUGGACCAAGAGGUCUUUUUGUGGGAGACCUUGUCACUAACCUACAAGACUGCCCAGUCUAUAAUGUGGAAGACUGGAAUUCCUGUCUGGGAGACAUUUCAGAGAAGUCACAGGUCGGCUACUGUGUAAGUGCAGCCACCCUACAGCAAUUAAGCUUUCCAGCUAGAGUUUACAGAAGACUUGAUGGCACAGUAGAAUGUUGUAGUAACAACAGCCUCACAGACAUUUGCUUUUCAUACAGCAAUAAGUUGGACAGCCACCUGUAUGCCUGUCUGCCAGCACGAAAAGUUAUUGAAGCCAGCAAAGUUUGUCGAACCAACAUGGACUGCCAGAAGGACUUUGUCCCAAGCUUUUGUGUGACUCCUUCUUUGGAGAACCAAACAAGGCUCAUCAGGGUAAAGCAUCCACCCCAUAUUGACAUGCUCUAUGUAGGACACCCCAUGCAUCUUCAGUACACAGUAAGUCUCAGCAGUUUUGUACCACGACAGAACUUCCUAAGUAUUGAUCUGCCUGUGGUGAUAGAGACAUUUUGCAAGUACCUCAUCUCACUGUCAGGAGCACUGGCAGUUAUCAAUGCUGUGCCCUGCUUCGCUUUGGAUGGUCAGUGGAUAUUAAAUUCCUUCCUGGAAGCCACACUGAGCUCCCUAAUUGUAGAAAAACAAAACAGAGAGCUUGUUGGCUUUUUGAUUUUGCUUGCUGGGAGUGCACUUUUGGCUGCCAAUGUUGCACUGGGACUUUGGAUGGUGACGGCGCGAUAGAACAUCGGAUUUUCUUCCAUCAGUUCUCAAAGUACACAGAAAUAAUGAAUACAUUACAUUUCAAAAUGUGUCCAGUACUGAGAUUGAAAUAAUUCCCUUAAUAUGACACUGAAAGAACAAUCAACUGGUGGUUGCUGUUUUAAUUUAAAACUUUAUAACACCAUGCCUGUGGUCAUGGGAAAUGUAGUAGGAAAAAGUAGGGGCCUUUUUAUUUACUCUUUAAGCUCUGUAUUUAUUCUGGAGAAAUUUCAUUUUAAGAUUUCAUAGGAAAAAUUCAGACUUCAUUAAUUCAGAUCUCAAAAUAAGGGAAUUAUUUUGCCUCAAACAUUUGUAAAGUGGGAGAAAAAAAACUGUUUUGUUUUAUAAUUUAAAUAAUUGUCUGUAUAGGCUUUGAUAAUUUCUUAAUCAGCAUAGUCUUCAGUGACUUGUUUUGGUUUUUUUUAGUCUGGUAUUCUACCAAACUGGAUUUUAAGAAGCCCUAAAGUAUGUUCUCAAAAUGGGGAAAAGCUAGGUAAAUGCUUACCAUGUGUUAAUGGGGAGAGAGCAGCCAUUUGGGUUAAUGGCUUUCCUUUCCACCUGGCCAAAAUGACUGGAGGAAUGUUGUCCUCAGGAUGUAGAUCAGGGGUGCCAAUGUCUGCUAAAAAUGAAGCAUGUAGGGGGAUAACAAAGCCCACAUGUUUGUGUUCUUACACUUUCAGUUGUAUGUUAUCAGACACAGCUGAAGUUUUUUUAAAGGCAAUAUUUGUCAGCAAUAGCUACAAGAUAACUGAAAUUUAGUUUCUGAGUGCUGAAGUAUGCUGUGCACAGUUUUCCUAAGUGAUAUGUAAUGUUUGUGGUGUUUUACUCAGAAAAUAAUACUGUAUUCUACCUGUUCACAGUUGAAAGUGAAACCUAAUGUUUUUAUGGUGUCUAUCUUCUAAUGCUAUGCAUGCAAUAUGUACAGUAACUCACUGAUGGUUUUCUGUAUUUCAAAGGGUAAUUUUCCUUUGUUAGGAUUCAUUCUGUUCAAAGAUAGCUAACAAAGAUAUUUAGCUUGUCUUAGACAUGAGUUAUUUAGAGGAAGAAUAUGAUUGAUACUUGUGCUAUUUAAACAUUUGGCUUUGCUUUCUGAGAUGAAUACAGACCAUAUCCUUGUUCUUAAAUCAACAGUGGAAGGAUAGUCAGUGUUUUACUGACUGAAGUAUGUCUGAUGUGCUUUGAAGUUCUUUAGGUUUGCAAUGUUUUGUACCCAAUAGGAUUAUAUAUUUCAUCUUUUCCUCCUGUGAUAUAUUGCCUAGUUUAUCUAAACCAGGUUCAGUCAGAGUCUUGCCUCUGUAGGCUGAUAUCUAAACAAAAAUGCUCUGGUUUGGGAGCCUAAAUAUUUGGAAUAAAAAAUUUUAGAAAAAUACCCUGCAACUUCUGCCUCAUACAGUGUUCCCCAUAGGAACUGCUGCAGCUCAGAGUUCCUUUACAGAAUGGCCUUUCCACCAGGAACUGAAGUGGAACCAAAGCUCACAGAUCCUGGCUUGCAGGGAGCACUGAAACAUCCAGGACCAGGUAAAAUAGAUUCUUCUGACACUUGAGGUGAAAGCCUGGGUAUUUUCAAAGGAGGCUGAGCCCAAUUCCUGGUGUUGCUGCACAAAUUUAUAACCCUAUGAUGUUUGCAUUUGCCCACUGAUGUGUACUUUUGCACAGUAACUUUCACACUUCAGAUGCACUCCUUUCCUACAAUGAUGCAAGCAGUAAUGAUUAAAUAAACCAUGUUUAUUUCUUUGUUGUUGGCUAGUUCACAUCCCCUUCCAGCACUGCCACAGGCUGGGUGGGCCCUUGAAGUUCACCUCUGUGGGGUGGCUGGCCUGUGCCUCUCCUUUUCAGUCAUUUCAACCCAGGCAAACUGGGACAGGUCCUGGUAGGAGAGAGUGAAUCCUUCAGUCCAGUGUGAGCUGGCCCCUUUGGGGGCCAUUAAAAGUAAAACAAAGUGCAAGAAAGGAAAAGCAAACUACCCUGUAAGUCUAACUUGUCAUCACUCCUGGAAACACAGCGAGGAUUCAGGGUAGCAGAUGGGCCACUCUGCCAUCCCUCAGUGGGCAGGAGGACAGGAGCAGCCUGGUCCUUGCACAAGACCUGGCUCUGAGACUGUUCCAGACUGCCCUCUCACCUCAGUGGCUGUUUACUGACCUGAGCUCUUCCUUUCAGUGGCUCUAUAACACUUUCCUCUGUAUCAUCCAAACUACAGUGCAAAAAAAUAAUUUGGACUUAGAAGUUUUAAUGUAGUUUAGUAAGACAGGAUAUUGACUUUCAAAACAUGUCAAGUUUGAUAUUUAUUUAUUCAUGUUGACUGCAAUGGCUUGGAACAAUCCUUUAGCAUAGUGCCUCUCAUGGAAAUGUAGGCAACAGAUUUGGGAAAACCCAAAGCUUCUGAAUUGGCAUGCACAAAUUUCAUCUGCUAUAAUGAGGCUGGCUGGCUGUUCCUGGUUAUUUAGUGUGCUACCAAAACAUGAAGUUUUAUCAAAUGAAGCAAAAGCCAGUGUACUUUACACAGUCAGUGAAUGCCACAGUUCUGCUGAGUAGAACUUCAGUCUGUGUCUGACCUCAUAAGGAAGAAGAGGGUGGAGAAGCCAUUGGUCAUGGCUUUAGCAAAACAGACCCACUAGUGCCCUGUAAAGACCCUAGAUACCAUGUAUGGAAGAGAGAGGACUAGAAGUGCUUAAAAAUAAUUCAUUAGUUCAUUUCUCCACAUGCUAAAAUUUGACUGAGUAAGGGUUGAUUUAGGUAGGUACAGGAUCUUUAGAUCAAGACUUUAGGCAAACUGAGUAUGAAUGGUGACCCAGCACAUCUUAGACUAGUGUAGACAAAGGUAAUAGUCAGGUUGGACUACUCUCUUAAGAAGAAGUUGUUCAGUGGGUCCAUUUUAUUCUCUAUAAUCCUGACAUAUGGAUUACAUUCUGAUAAGCAUGUGCCAUAUGUACACUCACUGGGAUGAUUUUUCCUUGGGUUUUGGUCAUUUAUUUAGCAAGAGAAAACACAAAAGUACAGAGUGAUUUUUGUGUGUUGGAUUUUUACAUCAGUAUUUCUGAUGUGUGUUUUGUUUUUGUAAAAUUAGAGUCUUUAAAUUAAAUCCUUCUACAUCUUAUUCUAAUUAGCCCCUCAGAAUCUUUACUACAGAAUCCAUCAAUAUAAUUUUAGGGCAUAUUGACUGGACUAUAAAACACAGCACUCGUAAAGAUUGGAUGGCUGCUAUUAUUUAUGUAUAUACUAUGCAUUUUAAAUCUGUAUCAGAUGGAAAAAGUAAUGUCUAAUAUUCAGAAAUGUUAUACUUAGCUUUUGUUUGAAAAUUUCCAGAAGAAUUCCAUAAUUAUAAUCAUUGUUCUACUUUUUUAAAUGAAGUUGUUUUUUAUAUCAGCAGAUAUUUACAUAGCAUUUUCUGAUCGUGCAUGUAUAACAUGAAAAUGGCAAACACCUUAGCAUGGAGGAUGUUAUAUGCUUUUUGCUAACUUGGGAAUUUAAAAGCAGCUUGCUUCUGUACAAAUUAAAUGAAAGAGGCUUCAGUAGAAAAAGUAUAGGCAAACUUGCAGAUUAGUCAUCCCAAAUUAUGAGCCACAGUGGAAAAUGUGAUAACUCAUCCUUUUUAUUUAGAAUGAAACAACCAUGUUAUUAGUUUCUGUGACAACCAUGUUAAUAGUUAAUGUGAUAAUUUUACAUUUGUGGAUACGUGUGUACACAUACAUUUGUGUAACAGAUACAUACAUAGCCAUGGGGUGGAUUAGUGCUUUUUUAGGGAUAGCUUACAGCAAUCCUCCAUAUCCUGCAAUGGAGGCUUUUGUUUUUCUUUUUCCACCUCUCUGUGAAUUCUCUCUAUGGUUUUCUCUGGAUUUAAAAAGAGAAACUUACGUUUUCUUCCCAAAAGCAAUUCUUAACUUCUUUCUUAACAGAAGACAAGUGAUGGGUUCGUGAUGUAACCACAGGUGCAUGAGUUUUGUUCAGCUGAUGUUUAAAGCAUGUUUUUUAUUUCUGUGAAGCCUCAGCUACAAGCAUGGUAAACACAGCUUUUUCAGGGCAACUAAAAAAGGUCAGCCUUCACUCUUUACUGCUGCUGUUUGUGCUGUUCUGGAGAACUGGGAUGAACACGGCUCUGUAGAGCAUAGUGAAGAAAUAAAGUUUUCAGGACAGAACUCUCCAUGGCAGUCAGGGUGUUUCAGCUUUCUUGUAAUAAGGAUAUGUUUUGUUCAGUUUAGCACAUGAGCAAUCCCAGCAUUCCCAUAGCUUCCCAUACAUUUUACGUGAUGCCAAAGGGUGACCUGUAGGAAUAUUUUUAAAAUAAAUUAUGUAUGUCUUACAAAUUCAGAGCUUUCAUACAGAUCUGGAUAUCACUAAUGACAGAUGAAGAAGGCUUAUAAAGGUUUAUAUAGCCUUGUCUGUAUUUAACUGUUUUUAAAAUACAUGAGUUAAACUCUAGAUAUAAGUAGUUAUUUGUAAAAUAUGCUUUCUGUACCCCUGCAUUCAGACCAAUUUCCACAACCAGUCUUGCCUCAGCUUUGUUCUUGUAAUUUUGUGAGUAAGGUAUCUUGAACCUUAACACAGGUAAGACCCAAUAUUGGCAAAUAUUUUAUACCCUCUUGAUCCUGAACUUCAUGUGAUGUGUUGUAUUGAUUAGUUAUUUAUGUGACUGAGUUACCUGGGAUACACACCCUGCACAAUGCAGUAUUUGGGAACAUUGCACUGAGGACUGCCACAGAACAGCAGCUCUGUGACUCCUGGGCCUUGGGCUCAUCCACUCCAGCAUGUGAAAAGCAGAUGGCAGUGUUUAAGGGCAGUGAAGGACUUGAGUUCAUGGCAGCUUUAUGAAACUUUCACACUGCUGACCUGGUGUGAAAGGACAGGAACAAAGAGCAGGAUAUGACACUGCAAUUCCUUUCAUUCCAUUUACAUUGUCAUGAAACCUGAAAAGAACUUGUAAUUAACAUUUCAGAGCAGGAAGAUAUGUUUUCCAGCCUUUCAGUGAAUCAUUCAGUGACUGGUGGUCAAACUUUUUUCUUAACACUUUGUCAUUCCUUCAAUAAAUAUGUGCUGAUAAGUAGCAUGAGUAGUUGAAGCAUAUUUUGUAAAAUGGACUUGGGUAUUUCUCACCUCUGGAUGUUCAUCCUGGGAUGUUUUUGUAGCAUCAUAGUAUAAUUGGUCUUCAUUGAUACUGGUUGAAAGUUUGGAGGCUAUUUCCAAGCCUAUUUGAAAAAUCUAUUUCCAAGUUGUUUGUUAAUAUUUUAAAUUCAUCUUUUCCUUACAUUACUUUGUUUUUAGAUUGCAUAUACUCAGUUGAUCUUAUCUGAAGCCUGUCAAUGGAAUAUGUAUUGUUUAGAAAUUCACUGUGGGAUUUUUUUUCCUUCUACAUGGCCUUAUUUUUCACACCGACUCACAGCUGUGGAAUGUUAGAUUUCUAGACCCUUUGUUCCCACUAUGCAUUGUUCAUGAUCAUGGGUUUUUUAAAAAACAGGAAAAAAAGAAAGCUUCAUUUUGAAAAUGUCAGCUAACAAAUAUAUGGAACACUGAAUAAUGUAUUGUGGUUUUGUUUUGCUUUUUUCUCUAUUUAAUUAACCAAACAAUAAGUAUUGUUUUCUAUGUAUGAUAAAUGUAUCCUGCAAAUAAAUUCAUUGUCUAAUUGUU